AAGUUUCUCUGUAUAGCCCUGGCUGUCCUGGAACUUACUCUGUAGACCAGGCUGGCCUCGAACUCAGAAAUCCCCCUGCCUCCCAAGUGCUGGGAUUUCAAUGAACUUUUAUUACCUGUUUUUUACCACCCCGAAGGGAUUUCUCUAUCCCUAAGUACCUACUUUCUCAUCAAUUUAUUUAUUACUUAUUUUCUUGAGUUGAUCUCACUGUGUAGAUUAGACUGGCCUUGAACUCGAGAGUAUUACUGUCUCUGCUUCAUGAGUGCUGGGAUUUAAUGCCUGAGCCACCACACUCCGCCUCCACUAUCUAUCUUUGUGACAGGGCUACACUCUUAAUAUAACCCUGGCUGGCCUGGAACUUGCUCUGUAGACCAGGCUGGCCUCAAACUCCUGCCUCUGUCUCAUGAGUAUUGGGAUCAAAAGCAUGUGCCACCAUGACCAGCAACCAAGGCAUUUUUAAAAAGUUAGUUUUGGGGGUGCUGGAGAAAUGGCUAAGGGCUUAAAACCCCUGGCUGCAUUUGCAGAAUACCCUGAUUUGAUUCCCAGUACCCACCUACUGGCCCCAUCUCUCCGAGGGUACCAGGCAUGCAUGCUAUUGCAGAUUCAUUCAUGAAGAUGAAUACUUCCACAAGUAAAAGAAAUUUUUAAAAAAAAUGCGUUGGUGGAAAUAGCAACAAUCUAAAGCGGUUUGCUGCCUAUGAAGUAUAGCCACACUCAGCUUGUGUGCUGUCCGCCGCUGCCACCAUCCACCGCUGCCACCACCACCGCUGCAAUGCUCGGGAGAUUGCCGCUUCCACAGCUGCUUUUUGCUGCCAUCCUUGGAUUUGCUGGAGGAAUAUAUAUUUAUCAGCCAAUAUUUGAACAAUAUUCCAGAGAUCAGAAGGAAUUAAAAGAAAAGGUGAAAUUGUUGCAAGAAUCAGAAGAAAAGGGGAGCUAAUUCUGCAUGAACUGACAUUGUAGACAUUGCUUAAAGUUCUAUUGAAAUCCCACAUGGACUAUUAAUCUAGUAAGAAUUUAGAUAUGUUUUAAAUAAAUCAUGGGUAAUGGAUCUAAGUUA